GCCCGCAGCAGCAGCAACCACCAAAUGUCCAACAGCAGCCCCACCCAAAGCACCACGUCCAUCAACUACAACCGCACCACUCGAGGUGGCUUCAAUAGCCGUGGUGGUAGGGGUGAUCGCGGUGGCGGAAUGGGCAACGGCCAUGGGAACGGAAAUGGCAAUCGCUACCAAGGAGGAGCUCCACGUCAUUUCGAUGACCGCGAGGAUCAUCAAUCGUCCAGCAGUGGAGGAUUCCAACGCAAUCGCAACUUCAACUUCAAUCGGUAA